GACUAUUUGGCAGAUGCGAUGGACCUGGCCAUGUCCGAGCUGUGAGGGGAUUAAUACCCACACAUUCAAGCGAUGCUGAGUUUGACACUGCCGUAAAUACGCUCUGCUAAUCCAUUUGCGGAUGCACAGAGCCUGGCCAUGUUCGACCUGGCAUAUCAUCGAGGUUCAAAGUUCACAGUUCGAAUGCUUACUUGAUGAAGAGAACUGCUGUUCUAACUUCAAACUUCAAACUUCAAACUCUAUUCUACUUUAGUCAAGACAAAGUUCAAACUCUACUUUACGAAGAUACGCAGGGGUGGAAAUGCACAUCCACAAAUGCAAAGCGAAAAGAGCAUUCAUUUGGUAUGCUGUUGAUCUGUCAUCGGUUGUGUUGAGACGGUUGAUCUCUUUUACUUCAUCUCGCAAGGAAGAAUACAUUUGAUAGGCAGAAAUAUAUAAAUAGGAAUCAGGGCAUAAUCACACUAGGACUUUUUCUACUAAGCACUGGAUGUAAUUGCAGUCAGAUUCAUCCAGGUGUGGCCAUAAUUGUUGGUCAGAUGCAUUUAUAAAAAGCUAGUGUGAGUAGACCCUCAGUUUGUAGCAACUUUGUGCCAAGUUUGUUAUUAGAACUUAGUUUAUACUUUAUAGUAACUUUGUGCUAAGUUUGUUAUUAGAACUCCAAACGACCACGCUGCCUCUCCAGUGACCAUCAUGAAAUGCAGCUGAGUGUGCUGCAAGGCGAGCGCAGAUGAUCAGGGAAAUAUCCUUUUUUUUUUUGGAAAACCAGCCGGAGUCUUCUAGCGGGGUUGGUAUGAGCAGGGAAAUAUCAGAAUUGCCCAUUGACGUGAAGGAAAAGUCUCAAUUGUGGACAACCUCCACAAGUCAUAUUUCCAAAACUUCCAAAGGCACAAACCUUCAUCUUCUCCUAUUCUCUGUCCUUCCCACCUUGCUUUAGCACCAAGAGGUUGUUGGGUUACCAUAGAGUAAGGACCAGUAAAACGGGCAUGUAUAUUAUCAUCUGCUUUAUGAAUAAGCUUUAAUAUAUGUGCUUUUCUAACUGUGAUUGCAUCCUCAAAUUCAGGAGUGGCUGAAGAUUGUAUACCAAGCUAAGACUGUGCUGCGGCAACUUAACAAGCAUAUUGUCAGUAGGUGGAAAACUCUAGUAAGGGAGAGAGGAAUCGAGCAGCGAAGUAAUGACCGCAGUUAAUAGGUUACAACUGCAGUUAGUAGGUGAUGCAGUGCAGUUCAUAGGGAAGUUAACAGGGAAUGACUGCACUUAAAAAGUUAAUGACUGCAGUUUUAAGUGCAGUCAGUGGGGAGUGACUGCAGUUAAAACUCAAAAGGCAAUGAAUGGGGGGAGUUAGCCUGGUUGACAUUGCAUUAUGGUACCAAGUUGGAAGGGCCAAUUUGGCCAUUUCCAUGAACAUCAGGACACUAUGGUAGUUUGCAGAUCCAAGAAACAUUAAAAUGAGUAACCUUUAACUUUUUGUCAGUUGUUGAGGAGUUGUUGCGGACUGGUGAAUGUGCGAACUGGUGAAUGCCUAUUGUUAUCCAGUAGUGGGCUUUCCGAGUGAGUAUAUAUACCCAAUGGUUUUGGGUAUCGCCCCCUCAGAGAAAAAGGGGGGGAUUGCCAUUUCGGUUGUUUGUUAUGCCAUGCCAUUGAGGCCCAGCACUCGAUGUCUCACAGGCAGUACAUGGCCCAUGGAUGGCAGCAGGUCUGCUUUGCAUUUUGCAGUUGGAUUGUGUCCUUCCCACAGGGACUCAUCCUGGUCCCAAAUGGGAAAGGUCCCCUUAGAGGUUGAAGGGGUAGGCCUGCCUAUAUAACUCAGGUAAUUCCUUGACUUGACUGUGUUGGAAUAGGUCAGUGGGUUGCUUUGUGUGGUCCCCUAUGGGGCAGUUCAUUAUAGCUGAGUGAAGCAGCAAUAAGGUCUGGAGAGCAGUGUUGGACCUUUCUGGCAUGAUCUUCAAGCUUUGGCUAUGGUGGAAGCCCACCUGUGGCAUGAUCUUCAAGGUUUGGCUAUGGUGGAAGCCCACCUGUGGCAUGAUCUUCAAGGUUUGGCUGCGGCGGAAGGCCACCUGUGGCAUGAUCUUCGAGCUGUGGAUAUGGCGAAGCCCACAUGUGGCAUGAUCUUCAAGCUUUGGCUAUGGUGGAAUCCCACCGUUGGCAUGAUCUUCAAGCUUUGGCUACGACAGAAGCCCACCUGUGGCCUGAUCUUCAAGCUGUGCAUAUGGCGCAAGCCCACAUGUGCCAUGAUUUUCAAGCUUCUGAUACGGCAGAAGGGCACCUGCCACAUGAUCUUCAAGCCUUGGCUACCGCGGAAGCCCACCUGUAGCAUGAUCUUCAAGCUCUGGAUAUGGUGAAGCCCAUGUGUGGCAUGAUCUUCAAGCUUUGGCUAUGGCGGAAGCCCACCUGUGGCAUGAUCUUCAAGUUGUGGACAUGGCUGAAGCCCACCUGUGGAGUGAUUUUCAAGCUGUGGCUAUGACGGAAGCCCACGUGUGGCGUGAAGGUCAAGCUGUGGCUAUGGCGGAAGCCCACCUGUGGCAUGAUUCAAGCUGUGAAUGUAGUGCUAAGACUUUGUUGUUGAAGUCUUUUGUGACUCCCCCCUCUUGGUUGUGCUCGCAGUGCAUGAAAAACUUUUACCUCUCCAUGGCAGCUGAAGGUGUUGGGGAGACUGUGUUAAACCUUAAAACACUAUGUUGAAUUCUCUUCUGCUUUCCUUUUUCUCCUCUUGCUUGUGUCGCUGCUCCAUGAAUGCAAGCUUGUAUCUCGUCAUGGUGAUUGAAGGGGAAGGGGGUAGGAGAUGUUGGGAAGAACAUGGUCUUCAACAGCCAGUACAUCGCCCAGGCAACCUUGAGAAUCGAAAUCGAGCCAAUCCGAAAAUUCUGGAGGCUCAGGGUUGCCCGACACCAAAAUGGCUGGUGGCGGCCAAAAGAAAGGCAAAAGCACCGCACUGGCGUUUCGGCAAAGCUUGGCGCGCAGCGGCGCAGGGGGAAUCCGCCUUGGUAAAUGAGGCUCGGAUGUACUGGUGGUGGUUUAAGAUGUUGUUGAAGUCUCUUCUGCAUUCCGUCUCCCUCUCGGUUCUGCUGCUCUUGCAUGCAUGUGAGGUCCUUCUCCAUGGUUGAAGCAUCCCCCCCCACCCCACCUUCUGUCCAAUGCAGACAAUGGGACUGCUUGUGUGUACUUGGGCAAUGUUUCUGACCAGAUUCAGGCAAAGUAUCCCUUAUGGCCCAUUUGGCCUGCCUUGUCACAAUUCACAUCAGACCACAUGCCCAACGAACACUCUGUCGAAUACAUGCUAUCAAGGGAUCAUUGCGACUGAAUUACAGACAAGUUCAGUCAAAGAGGUACUCGCGUGAGUAUGACGGAUACUAUGACCUAAAUGACACAAUGGUUUUUUAACCCCCAGCAAUUGAAGCUUGCCAGCCUUACCUUUUGAUGUACAUCAUGCUCUCUCUCUCUCUCUCUCUCUCUCUCUCUCUCUCUCUCUCUCUCUCUCUCUCUCUCUCUGUGUGUGUGUGUGUGUGUGUGUGUGUGUGGAGAUACUGUGACAUAUUUAACUAGAUUCAACACCAGACAUUCGCACAGUGAAUAUGGGUCAAUGAGACCUCAAUCUUGAAGUAUAUGGUACAGUAAAGAAGGAUAAAUGAAUUUAAGCUCCGUCC